GAAAUGUUGAGCCAAUCACGGCUUUUCGGUGAUUCCAGUGAGGAUCUAGCACGACAGCCUAGAACCGGACCCGAUCCCGACAAGAAUAUCCUUUCUGAGUAGUCUUCUCGGGGUGUCUCCGGCAUGCGGACAUCAUGAAGCACUGCCCAGAGCUAGAAUUACCUGCGAUCUGACCAAGGGUGUACGUCUUCGAAACUUGAAAGACAUCAAGACCGGCCUUAACGUGCUGGUUACCUUUGAACACAACGCGGCUCUAAAUCUCUGAUCUCCUUUGUCGUUCAAAAGCAACACAAGAACACCAUGUUAACGUCGCCAACGGAGUCCGACUCCUAUUCCAGUCAAAAUGAAGAAUUUCGACUUGAGCAGGGGCCUUACACCCCUGAAAAACCGGUGAAAGUGAUCAUUGUUGGUGCUGGGAUUGCGGGCAUCGCAGCAUCGAUCCUUUUAACAACCAAAGUCCCCAACCUUUCAUAUGUCUUGUUUGAAAAGAACGGCUCGGUUUCCGGAGGCUGGACUCAGAACCGAUAUCCUGGUGUCCGUUGCGACGUACCCUCCCAUGCGUACCAACUAACCUUUGCUCCAAAUCCAAAUUGGUCAGAAUACUAUGCUCCUGGCGAAGAGAUCCGCAGAUAUUAUGAGGACGUUGUGCAAUACUAUGGCGUCGACAAGCAUCUAAAAUUGAAGCAUGAAGUUUUGAGUGCUGUUUGGAAUGACGAUACGGCAGAAUGGGAGGUAAUGGUGAGAAAUUUGACGACCGGGCAGGAAUUCCUUGAGAAGGCCGAUUUUUUUGUCUCAGCGCAGGGGAGAAUUAACAAGCCGAAGGCACCGGAGAUCCCAGGGUUGACGACUACCUUUCAAGGCCAUGUGUGUCAUACUGCAACCUGGGAUGAAUCAUAUGAUUUUUCUGGAAAGCGGAUUGCGGUUGUAGGCAAUGGCGCAAGCGGUAUACAAGUUCUUGUCAACCUGUUGUCUCGAGUGGAGCAUAUCAGUCACUUCGUUAGAUCUAGGCAAUGGGUGUUGCCUACCUUUGCUGCCGGAUUUAUUGAAGCCAAGUCAUCGCUACCUGGAGGGUAUGUCUUUACCAAAGCAGAGAAGGACAAAUUCGCGUCAGAUCCGAGAGCGUACCUUGAGUUCAGAAAAGGUAUUGAGAAGAGGCUGCAUCCUGGAAACAAGGGAGGUGUUGCAGGAAGUCCCGAGAAUGAAUCCAUCAAGCAAAGGUGCAUUGAGAGCAUGCGUGAGCGACUCGGUGGCGAUGAAGAAUGGCUUCGCCGGUUGCUCCCCAAUUAUGCUCCUGGCUGCAAACGAACCACACCGGCGCCUGGGUACCUGGAGGCUCUAUUAACGUCGCAGGUGACAUAUGUGGACACACCAAUCUCUCAUGCCACUUCGACUGGCUUGGUCGACCACCAGGGCACUGAGAGGCAUGUCGAUGCCAUCAUACUGGCAACAGGAUUUGAAAACGGGUUCCGUCCGCUGUUCCCGACCAUUGGUCGAAAUGGAGUCGAUCUGAACCGUCAAUGGGCACCUGAUGGUCCGAUAGGAUAUCCGGAGACCUAUUUUGGCGUAAUGGCGCCGGAAAUGCCCAACUAUUUCGCUGUGCUUCAAGCACAGAGCUAUGCCGUUGGCGGAACAGUGCCUUUGCAUUGUGAGUUAUCUGCCACAUACAUUGCAAAGGUCAUUCGCAAAGUUCAAAGCCAAGGUUACAAAUCGGUAGCGCCUUCUCAGGAAGCUACUGCAGAUUUCAACGAAUAUGUAGACCAGUACUUUGCGGACAAAGUCACAAGUGAUUCCUGCAACAGUUGGUUGAAGAAUGGAACGGGGAAGUCAAGGACGCUUUUUGGAUGGCCUGGCACGGGUCACCAUCGCAUCAACAUUUUGAAGGAGCCUAGAUGGGAAGACUUUGUGUUUCAGCGGUCGGAAACGGGAAGGAGGAAUAGGUACCACUAUUUUGGAAACGGCUCAACCGAGGAGGACGAAGCGAAGGAUCUGGAUGCGCUGACAGGGUACUUGGAAGAGGUCGGGAAGGUUGAUCUUGCCAGACUGCAUGAGAGGUAGAAAGAGAAUUGAGAAUUUGAGCAUCUCCUGAGCGAUUGGUCCUGCUGGUUGUUUCAAGACCGUGAGAUCACUUCCACUGGACAUGGUCUCCAUUCAAGCGACGCUCAAGCUUUCCCCUUGACUUUGCUCACGCCACCGUCGACCACCAAAUUCUGCGCAGUGACAAAUCCGGCACCGAGAAGGUACUCAAUUCCCUCGGUUAUGUCUUCCGGCCGACCUGCACGAUUGGUGGGGUGUGUUUCCACGUCGUCUUCGUCCAGCUCCCAUUCUUCUCCCUCCUUGUCUGCUUCGGGAUUUUCAUGAGUGACCUUGAUCCGACCAGGGGAGAUCAUGUUGACGCGGAUUCCAAAUGAUUGUAAGGACACAGCCAUGCUCUGAGUCAAGCCCAACAAAGCCGCUGUAGGGAAGUUAGCACGAGGGAGCUUGGGUAUGGGUGAUGGAGGGUACCUUUCGUUGACGCAUAGCCUUCCUGGUUUGGAUCCGAGAUGAAAGCGCGGAAACUGCUAACAUGAAUGAUGCAUGGUCCCGCUGUGCCCACAUUGGAUUCUGGAAGCUUGCUUUUCUCAUCCUCCUUUUCCACCUUCAUGUACGGAAUGCAGGCUUGAGACAUGACGAAUGGACCUGUGAGGUUGGUUUCGACGUAUGCCUGCCAUUGAUCCAGGACUGACUCGUCUGCCAUGGUCUUUCCAUCUUUCCAGUAUGGCGAGGAUAUUCCGGCAUUGUUGAUCAGGAAGUCAAUGCGGUUGUCGAGAAAAUUCGCCGCUUUCUUGAUGGUUGCACGAAUGUCGUCGACACUCCGGAGAUUGCAUUUUGACCAGCCUACCCGCUCAGCAUGUUCCUUCAGGUGCUCCUCGGCCGUGUAUCGGACAUUGUCUUCGUUGAUGUCGACAAUGUAAAUCUUGUGACCUUUGGAGGCAAAGUGUCUAGCGACGGCUCGGCCGAUGCCUGCAAGG